CUACCAGUUGCCUUUUUGCAAGUACAAGAAAUAAUCACAAACAAUCAAAAUGAUGAAAAUCAUCGUCCUCGUUGCCGCGCUCGUCGCCAUGGUAUCCGCCAAGCCAGCUUUGUUAAGCGCUCCUCUGGUGGCCGCCCCAGCACCUAUAGUUACAGCCAGCAGCUCUCAGUACUACCACCGCAUUAACAAUGGUCUUGCUGCCUACGUCGCUGCCCCUGCCGCCUACGUUGCCUCAGCUCCCUAUGUAGCUGCCUCCGCUCCUUAUGUCGCCGCGUCACCUUAUGUAGCAUCUCCCUAUGUUGCGUCACCCUACCUCGCUUCUCCUGCUGUUGUUGCUGUCGAAAGUAAAGUAAAAAUUGACCCAUGCUAUAAAAGAAGUCUUCAACCACCACUAACCAUCACUUGUUUCUUACUCUUACAAGAAAAACAACAACAAAACACAAUGAUGAAGAUCAUCGUCCUCGUUGCCGCGUUAGUCGCCAUGGCAUCCGCCAAACCAGCUUUAGUCAGCGCUCCUCUGGUGGCCGCCCCAGCACCUAUAGUUACAGCCAGCAGCUCUCAGUACUUCCACCGCAUCAACAAUGGUCUUGCUGCCUACGUCGCUGCCCCUGCCGCCUACGUUGCCUCAGCUCCCUAUGUAGCUGCUUCCGCUCCUUAUGUCGCCGCGUCACCUUAUGUAGCAUCUCCCUAUGUUGCGUCACCCUACCUCGCUUCUCCUGCUGUUGUUGCUGUCUAAAUGAAUUCAUCUCAAUGAUAUAUUAAAAUGCCGAAACAUA